AUGGCAGGUCCACCACAUCCACACACCUACAUGGGCUGGUGGGGAGCUAUCGGCUCAAGACCACAAAAAUAUGUUACUCAAUAUACUAUAUCACCAUGGGUUGCUAAUCCAAUGAAAGGUGUAGCUUAUAAUGCUGUAUUCAAUACUUUUAGAAGAGUUAAAAAUCAAAUUUUAUAUAUUGUUAUUCCUGGUGUAUUAGUUUAUUCAAUUUUUGAAAGAGCUGAAACUUAUAAUGAAUAUUUAUAUACUAAAGCUGGUAGAGAAGAAUUGGAAAGAGUUAAUGUUUAA